AUGGGGAACUCAGUCUCUUCAUCUGUCUCUUCCACGAUUCCAAAUCCAUUUUUUCUCUCUUUCUCUGAUCAACCUGGUUUGAUACUCGUCACUCAACAACUUAAUGAAGACAAUUACCAUUCAUGGAGUCGUGCAAUGCAAAAGGCUCUCAAUGCCAAGUUAAAACUUGGUUUCAUCACCGGCUCGAUCCUGCAACCAGAUCCGGACGCUGAGCCAGAGAAAUUUGAGAAUUGGCAAUGCGUCAACGACAUGAUUCCGCUCAAGAACUGGAAUGACCUCAAAGAUCGCUUUCAACAUGACAAUGGCCCACGUGUGUUCGAGUUGAAGCGCGAAUUAAUGAAUCUUCGUCAAGAAGCGCUGUCAAUUUCUCAAUACUUCACCAAGAUUAAAGUUCUUUGGGAAGAAUUGAACUCAUAUCGACCUGUCCAGUGUAACUGCGGAGAUGCUCGUACCAUGCAAGAGUUCCUCCAAGCUGAGUAUGUGCACUGUUUCUUGAUGGGAUUAGAUGAAUCCUACUCUUAA